UCAGAUACGUGCGGGCUGUGCGUUGGUGCGCGUGGAUUCUCUGGAUGAGUCUUCGCAAACGUGGUUAUCACGUGUACUCUCGCCGGUUGCGAUUCACAUGUGUGUGCAAAGUAAUUGGAGGAAAAGAGAUAGUGUUCUCGCUAUUAUUUACGAAAUAUUGGUGCUAGCGCGUCGCGUUACGCGAACGAACGUUAUUUAUAUCGCAGUGCCCGUGCUAAAUUAUACGUGGGAAGCCGAGGGCUGCCGGUUAUCCGUUCGACAGGCUUGCUCCUCUCGGCCGCAUUAUACACGCUGCUAAACGACGUUAAGCGACGUUAAGCGACGUGCCGAGUGAAACGUGUGUUAUUUGUAUCGCGGAUACAUCGCUCAGUGACGAAGCUCCAAUCUGAAUAUUGUGUGUGUGCCAUGGAAACGGAAUUACAAUUCUUAAACGACUACGAUUAUAACUACAAUUCAUUCGAGCACGAGACUUUUAUGGAAAGAUUUGAUAAUGAAGACUUUAAAAAUAUUAUUGAAAAUGAUUAUGAUGUAGACACAUCUCAGCCUAUUACUUUGAAUUCCAUUUGGAACGACAAUGAACAAAAUACGGAUAUAGAUGUAUCUGCCACAAAUAGUGCAGUUCCACAGCAGACUGAAAAUUGUGCAAUGCUUCUCACAGAAGAUCACAAUUAUAAGACAGCAAAUUUAGAAUACAGAAAUGUUAGAAAUAUGAAUUUACAAUAUGAUCUAUUACAAUAUGGAGAGACUGAAAAUUUCUUACAAGAAGUAAAAAAUCUAGAACCUGAAUUAAAAUUAGAAGAAGACAGACAAAGAAUCGUUAAUUUUGAAGAAGAAAGUACCUUUAACAUGAAUACAUAUAGACAUGGGAUUAAAACUGAAAAGAAAGAAAUAAUUAAUGAUCUUUUUCUUGGAUUAUAUCAAGAAACACAUGAGCUUGAAAAAGAGAGUGCAAAUAAGAGUGCAAGGAAAAGAGAAAAGAAAACAAACGAAAAUAUAAAAGAUAAGCAAGAGGACCAAGAGAAUUGUAUAGAUGUCGAAACUAUAUCAGAUGAAAAACCAGUAUUACAAGCUCGUAAUAUAAAGAGUUUGUUAGAAAAAUUUGAAGCCUCUGAAAAUCCGCGUAAGAAGCCGCGUAAUAAGUCGACCAUCAAAAAUGAUUUUCUACCCGCCAUGAAGCCGAACACAAUGCAACAGAUGACUCAGAAAUACCAAAAUCAAGUAUUAGAGAAGCUUCCUUCCCAAAUUUCUAAUCAACAUAAGCGUACGUCAGAUUAUGUCUCAAAAGAAGUAAUUGAUAGGAUAAAGGCCUCAGGACGUAAAAGAGCUAUUGCAAUAAUACCCGCUAUGCCAAAUGUACAGAAUAAAAGCCGUAAUAGUAAUAAUACACAAGAGGUUGGAGCCACGUUUUCUCAUAAUAAAGUUUUAAAGCAAGUAACAAGUGAUGCUAAGAUAGAUGAUAAUUUAGUACAAUUGGAUCAUGAUUAUUGUAUUGGCUCUGCUACUAAAAGCUGUGAUAGCAGUAAAUUUACGAAAGAUACAUCUGUAUUAAAAUUAAACCAGAAUAAAAAAAUGCUAAAAUGUAAUGACAAAAUUGUAAAAUGUCAUAACAAUAGCAAUUUGAAGAAAGACAGUGUGGAAGUAACUGAUAUAUAUGAUACAAGUAAACUAGCAGUUUGUACUUCAUUACAAACUGAUAAAGAAACGGAUAAAAUCAACGAAAAUAGAUUCGAAAAAGGUCACAAGGACUAUCAACAGAAGAUUUGUGUAGAACAAUCUCAUCUCUUAAAGGAUUCAUUAGCUAUUAAAUUACCUAAGAAUAAUGUAAUAAUUCCAAACAAAUCUUCUAAUACAGAUUCUUCUGUAUAUAUAAUUCACUCAGCUUUAGCUAAAAGUAUCUUACGAAAUGAUUCUAAGAAUACUUUACAAGCGAAUUCUAAAACGCAGAUGAUUUCUGUAUUGAAGAAACCACCACCAAACGCAUCACAAUCACUAAACAAAUCACAAUCAUCGUUUUUAAAAAGUAACUCUGACGAAACUACAGUGACUACUGCUACAAACAGUUUGAAUAAUAAGGUGGAGAAUAUAAUUUUACAAGAUAUUAAAGAUUUACCUUCAGACGAACAAAUGAAGAAACCACCGUUCCGUAAAAAAUUGAAUUUGGCAGAAUAUCGAAAUAGAAGGGAUCAAAAUCGUAGUGACAAUAGCAGAACAAAUUCUCCGAUACAGCCUAAAAUGUUAGAGUAUGUUCAUCAUGCUUCGACUACGACAGAACCAAUUAAAAAUGAUCCUGAGAACCCAAUUUGGUGUGAGAGGGAAAUUGUUCUUAAAUCAAUCUUCAAACCCAAGUCAGAUAUAGACGAAGAAAAAAACAAAUUAAAACCACUUAUGUGCGAUGUAGGAAUACAGACAUAUGAAACUGUAUUUGAAUUUUCUGGAAGAUCAUUGGUAGAUACUGCAAAGAAAAAUGAUACGAGAGAGGAAAAUAUGAAAGACAUAAAACAAAGAUCCUACAAAAAGGAUAGAUUCUAUAGGAGAUCAAGUCGGUCCAGAUCAAAAAGUAAAAGCAAAAAGAGAAACAACAGUGAAAUUAGUAGGAGCAGCAGGAGCAGAAGCAGGAAUGGAGACAGAAGCAGAAGUCGGAAUAGCAACAGUAGUAGUAGAAGCAGAAGCAAGAGUUGUAGUAGAAAUAGAAGUCGAAGUAUAAGCAAAAGGAAAAAUCACUGUAGAAGCAGAAGCAGAAGUAGAUCUUGCAGAUGCAGCCGUCGACGAAGAAUCCGAUCCCGUCGACGCAGUUCUGUCAGCUCGACCAGUAGUUGCUCGUCUCAUUCACGUUCAUAUACGACAUCUACAAGAUCAAGAUACUCUAGCUCGCGUUCUAGAUCAUCUAGAUCCAGAUCGGAAUAUUCUAGCUGUUCAAGGUCUUCCUCCUAUUCGAAUUACGGAAGAAGUAGAUGGUCUAAUCAUCAGAGGAAAAGCAGCAGCGAUCGCGAAAAAAGUUAUGAUAGAUAUAAAAGGCAUUCCUACGGUAGUCAUCGUUACAAAAAUUGGAGAUCACCUGUACGCUCUUAUUAUAAAUCCUACAAUUGGUGCAAUAGAGAAAAACAAAGGCAAGUGGAAGAACGAAGAGUGAUAUAUGUGGGACGUUUAGAUGAAAAUACUACCAAUGCAGAUUUGCAGAAAAGAUUUGAGAAAUUUGGACCUGUUGUAAAUGUCAGUAUACAUUUACGUGAGCAUGGCGAUAAUUACGGUUUCGUUACUUUUAAAUAUAAAGACGAUGCAUAUGCAGCUAUAGAGCAUGGCAAUGAUAAUCCCUCUUUACCUACCUAUGAUUUAAGCUUUGGUGGCCGUAGAGCAUUUUGCAAAAACAAAUAUUCAGAUCUUGAUGAUACGGUGAGUAGGUCACCCAUUAGCAAAUCGUCUCCAAUAAAUGAAGAAAAUACUUUCGAUUUUCUUUUGGAGGAAGCAAAAGCUAAAUUGCGUAAAAGAAAAGUUUGACGUAUGUACUAUCUAAUAGUUAUAAAUUAUAACUUAAAUGAUAGUAUAUAAAUGUUAUUAUUGAAAUAUAUCGAAAGAAAAGAGGCAUUUUUAUUUAUACAAAUGCAUACAUGAUACAGAGACAUACAGAAAACAGUGCAUUUUGUUGCUGUUCCUUUACCAUAAGAAAUAGCAAGUGUUACAAGUAUGCAAGUAUUUAAAAUUUUUGUGCCGGUUAAGAGAUAAUUGAAAAUAAAAACUAUUGAUCUAUGAACUAUUGAAGAGAUAAUUGAUUCGGAUCUUUUAAUACACGAAUAACACACGAAUAGUUUAAUAUUCGUGGAAUCUUUGUUGCAUCGACUUUUCUCCGAAUCUUAUUCAAUUUUCCGAAAGCAAUAUAAAUCAGUUUCCUUUGAUUAUAUCGACUUGAACUAGUGUCCGCACGUUCCUAGCAAAUAUAAUGAUAUGGUAAAAGGCAAUAUUUGCCUUGAUGUAGUGAUAUAUUAUAUUUUUCAGACUCACAAAAGUAUCGAGAAAUAAUGAAUUUCUUUCAAGAAAAAACAUAUUUAAUUUGAGCUCGCAGCAAUGCUAAUAUCCUUAUAAGAAUAUUUACAACAUUUUAAUCGGUUUUUAUUAAUUUUUUGACUUUUGUGGAAACAUUAUUUAUUGUUUAUUUCACAGUUAUAUAUUUUGUGAUUAUUUUAAGUGAGAUAUCGCAUUGCCGUAUAUUUAAAUAUCUAUUUUUUCAUCUCUUUUAUUUCCUUUUUGUAAUUUAAAAUUAAUCGAAAUAUCAGUGUGUAUAUUAGAGCUCAAAUUUAUCAUUUGUCCAAUCGUGAUAGGAUUUUUUAUUCAAUUAAAUGGUAAUAAAGAGGAGAAUUAGACAAUGGAUUUAAUUGUAUGCAUCUAAGUUUGUAAUAGAUUUGGCGACAGAAUUCUUAUACUAUAAAAUGUAGGUUUAUAUAUUUAGAACUUAAUUAUUUUAAAAUAUUGAUUAAUAUAUUGAUUAAUAUAUUGAUUAAAGACAGAUUUUUUCGAUAAAAAUGAAGUUUAUUUACAAAGAAAGGAUAAGAAAUGUGAAUUAAUCAGUUAUAAUUGUACAUAUAUACAUAUAAUAUACAUGAUUUUUAAUAUUUA